AUGCAUUCGCUGUGCUUGUGUUUGCUUCGCAAGUGUUGGUCUCACUACUGCUCUGGUAUGAAGGAGGACUGCGAUGUUGUGCUGGCUGCGUCUGCUGCACUGGAAGAUAUCUUGGAUGAUGAUGAUGAUGUGCGAUUCGUUGCUGUUGGUUUAAGCGCUUAUCACAGCUUCACCUUUGUCCGUUUGUUGGGUGGUAUGCACAUUGAGUGUAAAGACACAAUGGAAGCAGUUGUUACCAACUAA